UGAAACCAGGAUAGAGCUGUAUGUCAUGUUUUUGUAAAUCAAGCUUUUCAAAGUGGUGGUAAGGUAGCUAUCUAGGAUGUGUACAAAUCCUAGAUUAUUGCCAUUCCUGUUUCUUAUGUACUUCGAGCAUGUAACAGUUCAUUUUUCUGCAUUAAAGUGUAAUAUGCUAUAGAUCAUCUAGCAAUGUCAGAAAACUGAAUAUCCCAAACCUCAGGUUUAGUUAGAUACAAAGGCUUUUUAGUUAAUAUAUCAGAAAGGUACAGCACCGCAGUGGAUUUGAGCCAUUCCUGGGAAUAAGUACACUGUUAAAACAAUUCACUAACACCCAUUUAUAUUAUUAAGAUGGGAAUUGUCCUUAAUGAGGCGAUGUGCUUUUAAAAAGGGAAGAAUUAGAAAAGGUAAGAUGUCCUUAGCUAUUGGAAGUUAGUAGUUAUGGGUUUUGAAACAGAUUUUGCUGAUGCUUCACUGGGAAAUUCAGGGCUUGUAUCAACACCUGUUCAAGCAAAAGUUAAAAAAGGUCUAAAAUAAAACUUUACCUAAUGAAGGAGUUGGAUGCCAGUAGUUUCCAAGUUAGUAUUGUAGUUCUUAAAGGGCAUGUCCUUUGCUUAGAGCAUAAAAUCCAAAACCAAGAUUAGACACUUCACAAAGAGUGGGUAGGGAGAUCAGUCAGGUGGUAGGAAGCACUGGCACAAGGAGCAGUGAGGCUGACCCACAGGAUAACCUGACAUUUGAGUGUUUUAACUCUGAGCCUUCUCUGAGGCUAAGGAGAAAGCUUGUCUGUCUGCAUGUUCUGUGUUCAUGUAGAACUGUGUUUAGAAGAUGAUGAAAAUUUGAUUUGAAAACCCAGGUUGUUUUGUUUGGUUUUUUUUCCUGUGUUUGUGCCCAUAUUGUCUUGCUGUGCUAGCUUUGAGAAAUUUAGGGAGGGCCAGGGUAACUGGAGAUGCCAUAUGAGUCUAAAAUCUUAUGGUUCCCUGUUACUGGGAAUGACCAGAACCUUGUUCACAUAGCUGGGGCUAAGUGAAGGACUUAGCUAGUGUAUACCUUGACAUGAAAAGUCUGCUGUUUAAGUAUCUUAAGAGAAAAUUUAAGUAUCUACUGGUACUUUUAAGAGUUUGAUGUACCCAACUGGCGAGUACUUAGGAAAGUUUGACCCGUUUUCUCAUAGUUAACUAAGUACUUGAGUGUUCCCGUAAGUUCUACUUAAAAUCAAACCUGAAAUUCUACUGAUUUCAGUGGAGAUAAGUGUGACCUUAUAAACGGAGAUUUCAUGUCUUGGUAGUGACAAGUCAGAAAUACUGUAAUUCUUGUGAAAGUUACGUUGUACCCAAGAACUCUAUGUAAUUCUUUUUACCUGGAAGACCAGCUCAGGAUGGAUACCUCUGUACCUUUCACACACACUCCCCACCCUGAAAACAGGUAAGUGCAAAUGUAUGUGUUUCUAAAGCCAGUAUGAAGAUAUGAGUAUUUGGUCAUUCCCUGCUAACCAGGAAUCACUAUAUAUUUAUCAGUCCAAAAUAAUUGCCUUGUAAAUGGUGAAGAUUUGAAAAGUGUUCUAAAUUUGUUCUGUGUGCAGGUAGCUUUCCUGAAGAAUUUACUUGCUCAGUGACUUAGCAAAAGGUUAAAAAACCCCCACAACCAAAGACUUUACACAAGAUAAACAUAGAAUUUGAUGCAGUAAAGCAUCAAAAUACAUAAAGCACUAAUGCUUUAAUUUGCAUUUAAAAAGCUCAGCAAGUACAAAAAUAAUUGAUUUACUGAGAGACAAGUAAAUAUGAUUCUGCUUUCUUGAUAUCUUUUUGUGAUAAGCUUAUAAUAAUCAAGGUUAAGGGAUAUGCUUAAAGAUCAGAUACAAGGUCUCAGAAAAAAAAAAUGUAAUUUUAGCAGAUACAGUGCUGUGUCCUGGUAUAAAUCUGAUUUUCUAAAUUGCCACAAAUUUUUUCACUAUUGGUCAUUUCUAGUUAGGGGCCUGCAUUAAAGCACUACAUUACGUUAUUUUUUUUAAUAAUUCCCUUCUCACAAAACCAACUAGAAUUUUAUUUUCAGAAGGGUAGAAUAUUUCACACAUCCUAAACAGCAACAUGCAGUUUCCUCCUUGAGUCUGAGGAGUCCAAAGUGCUGGGUAGCUGCAUGGGAGAAUCGAGGAGUGGUGUGUGCAAAUACAUGCUCAUACUUUAUGCAAGUAUGAUUCAUUUUGAUUUCCUCUUGGGGCUUGGUUUUGCAUAUUUGCUAGCUGCUGGUCAUUGGAAGUAAGUGGAUUGACAGUGAGAACAGUAUUGUAAUGAUGCAAAGUAAUAAAGCAGUUUUCUAAAUGCAGCAUUUUAAAAAAUACUUGAUGGCAGCAUGCUUGCACAUUGGGUAUGAAAGGAUGUUGCUUCACAUGGAAAAUUGCAAGUGAGCCACUUAAUGACAGUCAGUAGUGCAUAGGAGAUGAAUUAUGAUAUCUGCACUACAGUAUCCCCCAAAUGGAGAGUUGUGUUGUGCUGAUGUGUAUGUUUUAACUAAGUUUAGGGAGAAUAACAGGAGAAAAAAUAACUUAGUAAGUUAAGAAGCCUGUAUAGCUUGGGGAGGGCAUGGGGGGUGGGGUUAAGAGUUAGGUCCAUCAGUCAGUAGCAAUUGAAUAUAUAAUGUGCAAGCCAUUCGCCUUCAAGUGGACAAAUGUCUAUACUGCAUGAACAGUGAGUAAACAACAGCAGCUCGAAACUGGAUGGACUGUGGUACUAUGGUAAAUCCCUGACCUGCUUGGCUUAAAGCCUUCUAAACUUACUUACAGUGGGAGGUAAGACGGUACAAAUGAUUGUUCGAAAUAAUUCUAAAUUGGACCCAUUACCAAGCAAUCUGUGACCAAGAACCAUUUUUGAUUCUCAGUUUCCGCUUUCAAGUUUUGGUUGUUUUGUUUCUUUGGUUUUGUUUUUUGUAAUAAAAUCUAUGUUACUGCAGUGAUGUGCAUUACUGCAUUAAUAGUCCCCUGUUUUCUCCCACUCAAACUGUCCACCUCUGUACAGAGUGUCACACAAUCUGUCAGGUGUAUUUAUGGGGUUUAGUGUUCUCUUCAGCAUCAGGGACAGGACCAGCUGCUGCUGAGGGCAGAGAACUGAAUGAACUUCAAAGCUGCCAUUGCAUCUGACAUGUUUUGCAGUGAAGCCUGACAAAUAGAAAAAUACUACAAAGUGAAGAGAAAAUUCACUUCACAAGAACUGAGCUCUGCUUUCAUUGGCUUCUAAAUUUAUUUAUAUUAGUAGCUGACUAGUGUCAGAUCAUCUCUGUAGUCUACUGUGGUGAAAUUAUUAGGUUAAAGCUGGAAAAGAUGAAACAAUUAAAGAGAAAAAGAAAAAGCAAUUUUAGUGUUCAGGAAACUCAAACUCUCCUUAAGGAAAUCAGAAAAAGGAGAGAAGUACUCUUUUCAAAGCAACUUAAUACAACAAUUAAUGAGAUGAAACGGAAAGCUUGGGAGGAAAUAGCAGAGUGUGUCAAUGCUGUAGGUGAAGGAGAGCAAAGAACAGGGACAGAAGUGAAAAGGCGAUACCUUGACUGGAGAGCACUCAUGAAGAGAAAACGUCUGAAUGCAAACAUCAAAGUAGUAGGUGCUGGGUUUCACCUUCCUUCAUCCAAUUUAGAUGACUCUCUCAAUGAAGACAUGGAUGAGAAAAUGGGAUUUUCAAUUGAAUCUAGUUUUGAAUGGCAAAAUAUCACUGACUUCAGAGAAGCCGGAGGAUCUUUAACAGAAAUCAAAGUAGAAGAGGAAGAGGAGGAUCCGCAGAAUUUCGAAUUUCCUAUUGAGGAAGAAGAAGAAAUAUUGUCAUCAGUUUUGCCAGAUUCGAAAAAGGAAAAUGACCUGCCAGACUUCCCCCACAUUGAAGAGUUUGGAAAUCUAAGCUCUGCUCAAGCUAGGCUAGCCUAUGAAGAUUCUCACUUGCUUAUAAAUCUGGAGAAGCAAAAGCUGGAUCUGGAGAAACAGCGACUAGACAUUGAAGCGGAAAGGCUGCAGGUGGAGAAGGAGCGCCUGCAAAUUGAAAAGGAACGGUUGCGGCACGUUGACUUGGAGCGUGAGAGGCUUCAGAUUGAGAAGGAGCGACUUCAGAUUGAAUGGGAGAAACUCAGGCUUGAGACCCUGCAAUCCGAAAAACCUGCCCUGGAAAAUGACCUCACUCAAACAGAAAAACCCAUCAUGCAGCCUCUGGAUCUAGAAACUGAAAAGUUAAAACUUGAAAAAGAACGUUUGCAGUUAGAGAAAGAGAGGCUGCAGUUUCUAAAGUUCGAGUCAGAGAAGCUGCAGAUUGAGAAGGAACGCUUGCAAGUGGAGAAGGAGCGCCUUCGAAUUCAGAGAGAGGGUCACUUGCAGUGAACUUCUCAACUAAAGUGUCAACAUUAGUGUUUUGAUGUUUCUAAAAUAGAAGUAGUUCUUUUCUUAAUACUGAAACUGUCCUAGAGGCUAAACAUUUUUCUGUUCAGAGUUGAACAUUAUGUUAAACUGAAAAAAAAAUGGUGCUCAAUAUGUCAGUGUGCCAACAUAAGUGAGCUUAUGUGUGAAAUUGCUUUUCAGUGUAUCAGAACUAAGUGUUAUGUUCUUGUCUUCAGUAUUGUGCUGUAUUAGUUUGGUGUCCUCCUCUUACAGACAUGUUGAGAAGAAUCAAGGCUGAACCUUAUGCUGUUUUUCACUGUAGUAACAGUAAGGGAGGAUCAGAAUAAAUCAACAUAUGUUGUGAGGACAUGGUGCUGACAAUUGCCCAUACGGUAACAAAGUAUAAUUUAGGCAGAACACAGUAAUACAGAGUCAUGAUGAGAUUGAUUCAUUAAACUUAGUUUCCCCCUUUUUUUUUUUUUUCUCUCACCCCCACAAUUGGAAAAAGAAUUGAAAAGUUUUACAGAAGUUAAAGUGCAAGUUAAAUUUGUAGCAGUUGUUUUUACUGUUGUUCCAUGGCUUGAACUGAAUGAGAGUGCAGAAAGUAAUACUGUUUCUUUUGCAUUUAGUAUUCAUACUAGAUAAAGUUACACAUCAACCAUAGCUACUGUAAGCUAGACUUUCGGUUGCACCAGAUACUUAAUAAUGCUGUAUGGAAUAUAGCACCUGCAUUAAUAUAGCACAGGGAUUUGCUGUCUGGUGAGUCUGUGAUGAUCCCCUGAAGGAAAUUUCUAGAUGUGGUUUGUUCAUUGAAAGACAGUAGCUGGUGAUGGGAGUUUCAGGAGUAGAGACACAGAGGCUAAGCGGAGACUAAGGAGCACUGAGCUUGAACACGAACAUGCUUGUUGCUGGUUCUGCCUGGCCAGCACUGGGGUCAUGUCUGCAAGGCAGCCAGAAGAGGCUUCUAUGACUGACACCAUAUAGUAUAUUUUAACUAGAUGAACAGAAAUAGUCCAUGCUGAAGGCUGUUGAUAUUUUUCAUAAGCAAUGUAUUCAUUUAACAAAACAAAACAAAAAAAAAAAACAAGGAAGAAACCAAGGAAGGAAGCUUUCAUUAUUUUGUAUAUGUUUAAAUCCCAACUGAGCCCCAUUUCACAUUUCUCAUCUUUCUGCAAGUAGCUAUCUUUUGCUGACUCCAUUUGAAACUUAGGACUGUGAGAAUAUAUGUUGAGUGACUUCCGUGAAUUCUUGUGCAAGUAAAUAUAUUUAUACCACUACAGGUUUACUUUUAUUCUGCAAAGAAAGUGUUAUUUUUUUAUUACUGAAACAAGUGUGCUUCUACAGUGGAAAUAAAUUUGACUACUACACU